AUGCUCAGAAUAAUUAAUAAGCUCCUGUGUGUAGCCUUUGUAGACUUAGAAAAAGCAUCCGAUAAUGUUAGAUGGGAAAAACUUUUUCAUAUUACGGAUAAGGUUGAUAUAGACUUCAAAGACAAAAGAUUAAUACAUAAAUUAUAUAUUAAUGAAAAAGCUGUAGUAAAAGGUGAAUUUGAUGCAUACGAAGAGGCGAAAGUUCAAAAAGGGGUAAGGCAAGAGUGUAAUUUAUCACCUACAUUAUUUAACUUGUACAUUGAGCAAGUGCUAAAAGAUCUGAGAUAUGAAGAUAUAAAAGGUAUCAAGAUUGGUGGGAUUCUAGUUCAAAUGCUACAGUUCGCAGAAGAUAUUGCUAUGAUAGCAGACAGCAAAGAAAACCCAGAAAAAAUGCUUCAAAAAAUGAACAACACACUUAAACAAGAAUAUAAUAUGAAUAUUUAUUAG